CAGCAACGACGGUGAAGCCUACACUCGCCAAUCUCUCCCUAACUGCCAUCUCUCUCUCUCUUGCUAUAUAUAUACAUAUUUAUAUACACAGGAGAUGAUGGAGGGAGCGUCGGGGCUCGUGGUGGCGCUGGCGGUGGUGGUGCUAGCGGCGGUGUGCGGCGGGGCGAGGCGGGCGCACGAGUGGGCGUGGGAGCGCGGGCUCGGGGCGGGGCGGCGCGGCCGCCUGCCUCCGGGAGACAUGGGGUGGCCCGUCAUCGGCAACAUGUGGGCCUUCCUCCGCGCCUUCAAAUCCAGCGACCCCGAUUCCUUCAUCGCCUCCUUCAUCCGACGAUAUGGACGGAUCGGAAUAUACAAGGCCUUCAUGUUUGGGAGCCCAACGAUCAUGGUCACAGUGCCUGAAAGCUGCAAGCAAGUCUUGAUGGAUGAUGAUCACUUUGCACCUGGCUGGCCUAAAGCAACUAAUGAGCUCAUUGGCAAGAAGUCAUUCAUAGGCAUCACUCAAGCAGAACACAAACGACUUAGACGGCUCACGGCAAAUCCUGUCAAUGGUUAUGAAGCACUCAAUACAUAUCUCCAGUUUAUAGAAAAUACUGUAAUAUCCACAUUAGAAAGGUGGGCAAGCAUGGGACAAAUAGAAUUUCUUACAGAACUACGGAGGUUUACAUUCAGAAUUAUCAUGAAAAUAUUUCUGAGCUCAGAGAAUGAGGCUGUAAUGGAGUCAUUGGAAAAAGUAUACACUGAUCUGAACUAUGGAAUAAGAGCAAUGGCUAUCAACAUCCCUGGAUUUGCUUACCACAGAGCAUUGAAGGCUCGGAAGAAAUUAGUGGCAGUUUUUCAAAGUGUCCUUGAUGAAAGAAGGGCUAUGAGGAGAAAAAAAUUAUUUCCAGCACACAAGGACAUGAUGGAUGCUCUAAUGGAGGUUGAAGAUGACAAAGGUAGAAGAUUGGAUGAUGAGGAGAUCAUUGAUGUACUAAUAAUGUACCUCAAUGCUGGCCAUGAAUCUUCUGGGCACAUCACCAUGUGGGCUACCGUGUUUCUACAAGAAAACCCAGAUAUUUUUGAAAAAACAAAGUUGGAGCAAGAGGAAAUCCAAAGAAGUAUACCACCUACUCAAAAGGGGCUAACAAUGAAGGAGAUCAGAAAGAUGGAGUAUCUUUCAAAGGUUAUUGAUGAGACAUUACGUAUAGUUAACAUCGCCUUUGUGUCCUUCCGGCAAGCAACAGAAGACACAUACGUCAAUGGUUACCUUAUACCCAAGGGUUGGAAAGUUCAGCUUUGGUACAGAAGUGUUAACUUGGAUCCUCAUAUUUAUCCUGAUCCUACGAAUUUCAAUCCAUCUAGGUGGGAUCAUUUUACACCGAAAGCAGGAUCUUUUCUUCCUUUUGGAUUAGGGAGCAGGUUAUGCCCUGGAAAUGAGCUAGCCAAACUAGAGAUCUCUGUAUUCCUGCACUAUUUCGUACUUGGUUAUCAGCUCACAAGAAAAGACCCACACUGCCGGGUGCGAUACUUGCCUCAUCCUCGACCUACCGACAAUUGCAUGGCAAAAAUCACAAAGCUCAACAAGAUCAGUGCAAAUGAAACUUAGAUGCCAGGAGUUCUGAGUGUUGCUUUUCUUUCUCGUUGUGGCAAAAUAAAUUUUCCAAAGGUUGAAUAAGGUCCUCAAAGACAAUGAAGAGAUGGCCUCAACCAGUUCAAGAAACUUUGAGGAGCCUCUUAUCUUCUAUUUAUGCUGCCAAGUCAUGACCAGAUGAAGAGUUUGGAAAAGAUCAUUGGCUGUUGACUCUCCCACCAUUCCAACAGUGUCUGCUAUAGCUCUGUGUAGUAUGUAAAACUGCCUCUUUGUAGUUAAAUCUGAUGGUUAUCAAAGCCCUGUCUUCUUAAAGCAUCUUAUUUUAA